UGAACCUGAUUCUCAAGCUCCGUCCAAUGUUGCCUUCGCUGCUGGACCAGGACAUAAAGAGCAGCACCGACACGGAGGUGGCGGUGGCAAGAAUAAAUCUGGCAACAAUGGAAAUCAAGCUCAGAACAGCAAUUCCAAUCAAAAGAGAAAGGGGAAUUGCAACUAUUGUAGCAAACCCGGACAUUGGGCCAGAGAAUGUCGCAGCCGCAUCAGGGAUGGACUAUGCUGGCGAUCGAAACGACCGAAGGUCAACAUCGGGAUACGCCGCUUUCCUGGGGGAAAGUCUCAUCUCAUGGGCAGCCCAGAAGCAAGAGGUGGUAUCAUUAUCAUCAACAGAAGCCGAGUACAUAGCCGUGGCGUAUGGUGCACGAGAAGGAAUGUGGUUGCGAGCUUUCCUGAAGGAGCUGGGAUUACCACAGGGCCCCACCCCCGUCUUCGCGGACAACACGAGUGCAAUACGACUUGUUGAAAACCCAGAGUUUCACAAGCGUACAAAGCACAUCGAUGUCAAGUACCACUUCGUGAGGGAAUUAAAUGAAUCCAAUCAGAUAUCAACCCGAUACGUGUCUACCAACGAACAACGAGCAGACAUCUUCACCAAACCACUUGGGAGAGCAAAAUUUGUGGAAAAUCGGUCUCGCCUGGGAAUGAUUGAAGCACCCCAUGCUCAAAUUGAGGGAGAAAUUGAGGGAGAAAGUGAGGGAGAAAUUGACCCCAACAACAAAAACCCUGAACCCCCAGAACCUGCAAGUCCACUUCAUGCUCACCUCUCCGUGGAGGAUAAUGAACGAGCCAAUACCGGAAAUGAAAGGGGACCUCGCCAAUCGAGAAAAUUGGGAAUGCUGAAUUGGUUGCUGGUCAUGUUUCUAAUUGUGACAAGCCCAAGUGACGCAGUCCACAUCACCAGUUCACGUCCAAUCCUGUGGAGAAAGUCAAAGAUUCCCAUCAUCAGCGGGUAUGAGAAGGUCUUUGUGAAGCUCCAAUUAAUCAGCCCUUGCAUCCUCAUCAAUGCAAGCAUGAUGCACUACGAAACCCUGCAAGACGCCAGAAGGAUGUGUGAAGAGGCCUACCAAAACAAAUUCCUGAAGGAACUAGAGAAGAUGUGCCCUGCUUCCAAACGAAAAGAACCUGAUCAGGUCAACAAACGCAAACCAAGGUCCAAGCGAGUGAGGAGACUUGUUCUUAUCAUCGCGAUCAUUGUUGUUGGACUGGUAAUGGCUGGAGCAGCAGUUGGCGACUUUCUCCUCUCGGUGUCCAACAGUCGCAGACUUGGACAAGCCGAAGAUGUCAUCCUUGCCCAGGAUAGAGAGAUGGAAGUUUUGAACAAAGAAACAAAUCUCACCGAGGUGGCCCUGCCAAAGCUGAGGAGAGAUUUCAAUCAAUAGGCUGAAGAACUGGAAAGCCACGAACGCGAUUUCCAUGAACUCAAAAGCAAAUCUCCAAGUACCCACUUUGUCCUGUCAUCCAUCAUGUCGGGUCUUACGAUUGGAACCCCGAUAAUCAAGGCUGGAGCUCGAGAUUUCAAAAGAGGAUUUGUCUCACCACUCCUCUUUGACUACCUCAACAUUUCCCUGCCGUGUGAGACGACAACGUGCCAAAUGGAACAUGCUACAGCAGAUGGGUGCGGCUUCACAGCAAAGGAUGGGAACGCACUGGAGAUGGAAAUCUCAAUCCCAACCAUUGACCCGAACAUGACGCUGGUGGUCGUGGACCCAUUUGAUUUCAUUGUCCAAACGGAAAAUCAAACCUGCCGAGCCAGCUACACCGGUCCAACGACAGCAGUCUUGUCUCCAUCCGGGUGUCCAGUGGCUCUGAACGUGAAGAUCACUGGUGCGUAUGAACUCGUCUACGCUGCCACACAAGAGUGCCUACCCGAUAAGGAGGAGGACCGAUCACAUUUCAGAAUCAACUCCUGCAAAACUCGGAGACCAGGAGAUGAAAAAGAACUGAUUCAAGUGAAAUCACAUCACGGCUUUCUUUACAUCUACUGCUGGAAAUCACAGAUCACGAUUGAGAACCAACUGCAGCCCUGUCCAGAAGAGGUCUUCAUCCUGCCCGUCGGGACAAGAUUCCAAAUCAAUGAAAAGGACUUUGUGGGGUCAGUGGUCAACAUCAUCCACCAAGAGAGCCCUGAUCCAGCGUUCACGAUCAAAACGAAUCAUCAUCUCAACCCAAGACUCAACAUGUCCGAGCUAAUGAGAGACCCAAUGCUGACACACAUUUUCAACCCCCACGCCGAGGGACAUCGCUUUGGAACCGACGAUCAUGGUCAUUUGAUGAUAGGACUCCUGGUCGGACUACUGAUCAUAAUUGGCAUCCUUGUCGUGGUGAUUAUCCUGUGCUACUACUGCAACAGAAAGGUGAAGGUUGAGGUUAUAAAGACCCCAAAACCACGAGCACCACCAGGACCUGAUCAAUUACCAGCAUGGGUAUUCAGCCCCGAUAGCGUGGAACCGGAUCAAAACAUCAUUCCAAAUUAGCUUGAGGGAGAAUGUGAAAAAUGUGGAAUAUUAGGCUAUUUUAAUAUAGAUCAAGGACCUCAACUGUUCUUAAGUGCAAUCUAAUUUGAACACAUGUUUUAUGAUGUAUUGUAUGUAUGUGCUAAAAUGUCGGGUGACAUUUUAUUACAGGAAUGUCGAUCUAUUUCCGCUGCCCUCGGUCAGCUUCACCAAAUUAUCCUUUUUGUAUGAAUGCAAACUCAAUGUUAUAAAAGCACAUUGAAAUGAACUAAUAAAUAAUAGUUUGAAUCUG